GAUAGUUUGGACUGGGACACCGGGACCCUACCCUCUAUCAUGGAAGAAUCGGAGGCGAUGAGAGUUGUCACGCGGAAGCGUAGAAAGGACCCCGAAGUGGCCAUGGAAGCGAGCGAAUCGGCGAGCUCAGCAAAAAGACCGCAAUAUCCACCGGUCGACGUCUCGAAAACGACAAAUAGCAAGUCUGAAUUUAGAAGAAUAACCGUACCACCACAUCGAUUUUCUCCCCUCAAAGAGAGCUGGAUGAAGAUCUUCACCCCUGUUGUGGAGCAUUUGAAACUUCAAAUCAGACUCAAUUUGAAGACGAAAAAUGUGGAACUGAAAACUUCAGAGGUGACAACUGAUCCUAGUGCAUUGCAGAAAGGAGCAGAUUUUGUUAAAGCAUUUAUGUUGGGAUUUGAAGUUGAUGAUUCAUUAGCUUUAGUUCGCUUAGAUGAUCUUUAUCUCGAUUCUUUUGAGAUUCAAGAUGUGAAGCCUUUGAAGGGUGAACAUUUAUCAAGAGCUAUCGGUCGAAUAGCUGGCUCGGGUGGAAAGACAAAGUUCACAAUCGAAAAUGUGACCAAGACUAGAAUAGUACUAGCCGACAGCAAAAUUCACAUUCUUGGAGCAUUCCAGAAUAUCAAGAUUGCUAGACGAGCUGUCUGCAGUCUUAUCUUAGGGAGUCCACCUUCGAAAGUUUAUGGUGCGAUGCGGACAGUGGCAAGUCGGUCAUCAGAGAGAUUUUAAUGUCUUUUCUAUUGCAACGACAUUGCUUGCUAGAAAUCUGGAGAUACAUGCUACUAUAGUGUCAUUUGUGAUUAAGAUCAUUAAUUGCCGAG